UAAACUGCUGUAAAACAUUUCGUUCGCUUGCCAUGAAUACACGAAAGCGUAGUGGGCUGUAUUAAUUUAAAAGCAAAUUAACUGAGACACUGACAACCAUAGUGAAAAAUUACUAAAAAGCAGCAGACAAGUGAAAAUAAGGUUGAAGGACAAUGUCCACCGCCUUUUUAACUCUUGUGGCUGUUAUUGUGUGCAUCUUGUUUCGCAUCCUAAAUGUGCACAGCCAGCCAUUGAAGCCGAGCGUUUGGUGUCUCGACGAGCAGUUUCUGGAUUGUCUCUACAAGAUUGCGCCGGUGCUAAGGGAACCUUAUAUUCCACCACGUUUAUGGGGCUUUAGUGGACAUGUGCAAACUGUUUUGCAUAGUAUUGUGGGUCGCGUGCGUUGCCCAUGGCCGUUAGGCGAGCGUGUUUAUUUAUCGCUGGUUGAUGGCUCAACUUUAACCUAUGAUUUGUAUCAGCCACUAAAGGAGUCGGAAGGUAAGCUGCACUAUAUGUCAUUUGAAUCAUUAGUACUAAUUAUAUUUUGCUUUUUUUCAGAUGAUAUUACUGUUGCCAUUUGUCCUGGCAUUGCCAACAGCUCCGAAUCGGUUUAUAUACGCACCUUUGUGCAUUUGGCCCAAUGCAAUGGCUAUCGCUGCGCUGUUAUGAAUCACAUUGGCGCUCUACGCACAGUGCAGGUGACAUCGACACGCAUUUUUACCUAUGGCCAUACAGAAGACUUUGCUGCCAUGGUGGAGCAUCUGCAUCAGAAGUAUAUGCAAAGUCAUAUUGUAGCUGUUGGUUUUAGUCUGGGCGGCAAUCUGGUUACCAAAUAUAUGGGCGAAAUUCAAAAGACUAAGCCGAACAGCGUCAUUGGUGGUAUUUCUAUAUGCCAGGGCUAUAAUGCAGUAGAAGGCACCAAAUGGCUGCUGAAUUGGCAAAACUUUCGACGUUUCUAUUUAUACAUUAUGACCGAGAAUGUUAAGAGCAUCAUAUUACGCCAUCGUCAUAUUUUAUUAUCCGAUGAGGUUAAAGCACGCCACAAUCUCAAUGAGCGUGAAAUUAUUGCAGCCGCUACUUUGCCAGAGCUUGACGAGGCGUAUACACGUCGAGUUUAUAAUUUUUCAUCUACACAAGAGCUCUACAAAUGGAGCUCAUCGCUGUUCUAUUUUGAUACGAUUGAGAAACCGAUGAUAUUUAUAAAUGCCAAAGAUGAUCCGUUGGUGCCAGAGGAUUUGCUGCAUCCCAUAAAGGAAUUUGCUACCACUCGCGCAAAGUCCGCCUACGUUGAAGUAGCACAUGGCGGUCAUUUGGGCUUUUAUGAAGGCGGUUUUCUUUAUCCGAAUCCAGUUACCUGGCUGGAUCGCACACUAGUUGCUAUGGUUGGCUCUUUGGUAUUGAUGCAUACAGAUACACGCAAAGUUGUUGCAUAAAUAAUUACACUUGCAUGGACUAAACGCUUGAGUGUCAAAAUUUUAGAAUGCUACUCACACAUAUGAAAAACACAUUAACAUUUUUGGUGUAAAAAGUAAAGAUAUACAUAUACUUGAUGUAAACUUUUUAAAGUGCAUUUAAAAACAAAUUUGUGAAAUUAUAUUUCUCGUUUACUUGACCCAAAACAUGUUGGCAUGACAAAUGAAUGGCUAGUUAGUUAGAGCCGAAUAAUUUAUGUUCUUAGUAAGUAACGCACAUACCAUGUACUUAUUUCUAAGCAAAUUCUAUAUAUAAAUGUUAAUAUGUAUGUUAACUAAACUUCAAGUGUUUGCUAAAUACGCAAAAUGCAAAAUGAAACGAAGCAAAUCGCAAGUCCCUGAGCGCAAAUUGCAAAUUGCCUUAUUGUAGACUUUUUAUAUAUGUGUAUAUGAUUUUUAAUUCC